CUCUGAGCGGAGCGCGGCCACGUGGACGGCGGCGCGGUUGCAGGUGGGAUUUGGUCGCUCCGCACCGCACCGCACCGCACCAUGAGCGUGGGAUUCAUCGGGGCCGGGCAGCUCGCCUUCGCCCUGGCCCGGGGCUUCACGGCGGCAGGGGUCCUGGCAGCGCACAAGAUAACGGCGAGCUCCCCGGACACCGACCUGCCCACCGUCAGUGGGCUGCGGAAAAUGGGCGUGAACUUCACGGUGAGCAACAAGGACACGGUGAAGAGCAGCGACGUCCUCUUCCUGGCCGUGAAGCCCCCCAUCAUCCCCUUCAUCCUGGACGAGGUGGGGCCUGACAUCGAGGAGCGUCACAUCGUGGUCUCCUGCGCUGCCGGCGUCACCAUCAGCUCCAUUGAGAAGAAACUCUCUGCCUUCUGCCCCGCCCCUAAAGUGAUCAGAUGCAUGACCAACACCCCUGUGAUUGUCCGAGAAGGUGCCACAGUCUAUGCUACCGGGACUCACGCAGACGUGGAGGAUGGGAAGCUCUUGGAGCAACUGAUGGCCAGCGUAGGCUUCUGCACGGAGGUGGAAGAGGACCUGAUCGAUGCUGUAACAGGGCUCAGUGGCAGUGGCCCUGCAUAUGCAUUCACUGCCCUGGAUGCUCUGGCGGAUGGAGGUGUGAAAAUGGGGCUUCCCCGUAGGCUGGCUGUUCGGCUCGGAGCCCAGGCUUUGCUGGGCGCUGCCAAAAUGCUGUUGGAAUCAGAGCAGCACCCAGGUCAGCUGAAGGACAACGUCUGCUCCCCUGGGGGAGCCACCAUUCAUGCCCUGCACUUCCUGGAGAGCGGAGGCUUUCGCUCACUGCUCAUCAAUGCUGUGGAGGCUUCCUGUAUCCGGACAAGGCAGCUGCAGCAUUUAGCAGACAAGGAGAAGAUCUCCCCAGCAGCCAUAAAGAAGACUCUGUUGGAUAAGGUGAAGCUGGAGUCUCCUUCUCUGUCUGUGGCAUCUGCCAGCAAAGUCAGCCUGUUCAACAGUAAGAACCCCAGCAGCAAGAAGAACUGAGCAGACUGCUGUGCUGCUGUACUUUGGCUGCGCUGACCAUCAGUUUCCUCCAUGUCUUUUCUUUUUUGACCAAGGAAAACGUUCACACUGAAUGUUGGUGUUCUCCAUACCUGACUCUUGGCUCGCAGCAGCUGUGGGCAGCACACAGCUGCUCACUGUGGGCAUGGAUAACACCAUACUCAGAGCUUUGUCUGAGCUUGGAUGCUUCCACAACUGUGUCCCGUGUAGAAACAGUUUAUAGGAGGAUUUUUAAGAACUUUCCAAAUGCUUUUUAGUCUCAAAGGUUUGAGUCAGGUCUGGAUCCCUCUUUCCCCAGCUUGCAUCUGCUUUCAGAGCUCAUCUCUCGGUGUUUUUCUUAGCUAGGGCAGGUGCUAUCACACACAUGCAGUGCUGUGCACUGAGGCUGGGUUCUAAUACGCUUCUCACCAGGGACCAAAGUGCCUCUGCCUCAUUUCCCAUCCACUUUGACUUUAAGAGAGGGUCGAUGCGAACCCCUCAGCCACGCUCUGUUUCAUUCAGGUGCAGUCUUGGCAGCCAUCCCCGGAACAGCAGCUUUCUGUGGCUUCCUUAUAGCCGCUGUCCCCACAGAGUUUCUUCUUCCAGAGCCCUGUCCUGAACCAGGAAGCAGCACUCAGUGUUUGCACUGCCCCGGUAACUGCUGCUGGGCUGCAGUGGGAGCUGCGGGAUGGGGGGGAUGGAGGGGAUUUGGGUGGAUCUGUGUCACACUGUUCUGCCUUGAGGUGUAACGGGGGAGCCCUGGUAGAAGGCAGACAGUUAAGAGGGGCUCACUGCCUCCUUAGGAACCCGGAGCAUCUGUGCGUGUGGUGCAAGAAAAGCGUUUGGGAAUCAGUGCAGAGACUGCCAAAGGUGCUUAGCAAUGUCUGUGCAGUUUUACGUUAGGCUGUAGCGGGGUAAGGGGCUGAGACAUGGCUGCUGCUGCUCCUGCUCCUUCAAUAAACCGAUCCUCUGCCGAA